UAAAAUGCUGAAGGUGCAUUUUCAAGCAGUCGAGGACCCUUCCCCCUUUCUUCAGAUGGGUGGGUGAAGGUGUGAGGGGUGACCCUCCAUGAAAUAUAAAUUUCAUUUCAGAGCUCAAAAAAUAAUUUUUUUUUCCCUAGCCCAGCCUUUUUUUUUCUCAGUCCCACUUGGUUUGGAGGGAACUAAAAUUUAAUAGCCCUCUGUUCUUUCAACUGCUUCCCUUCUGGAGUCUCCAGGUAAGGCUUGGUUUCUCUCUUGCAGCCCGGGAAUUCCAACCCCAGGAGGAACCAGCCCAUCAACCUGAACCAUUAUGCCACCAAGAAGAGCGUGGCAGAGAGCAUGCUGGACGUGGCCCUCUUCAUGUCCAACGCCACGCGGCUGAAAGCGGUGCUAGAGCAGGGGCCGUCCUCCCAUUACUACACCACCCUGGUAACGCUCAUCAGCAUCUCCCUGCUUCUGCAGGUGGUCAUCGGAAUCCUCCUCGUGGUCAUCGCACGGCUGAACCUGAACGAGGUGGAAAACCAGUGGAGAUUAAAUCAGCUCAACAAUGCUGCCACCAGCCUGGUCUUCAUCACUGUUGUCAUCAACAUCUUCAUUACAGCCUUCGGGGCACAUAAGACAGGGUUCCUGGCGGCCAGGACCUCAAGAAAUCCUCUCUGAACGGAGCCUGGGCCCAGGUACUGGGUCUGGAACUCCUUCAUCCCUGAUCUCCCAGGCUGUCGGGUACGUUCCACAGACCCUGGGAGAGCUUCUAAAAGGACAGUAUAGAUGCCCUUGCUCCCUUCCCAUGAGUAACUGAAUGAAGAUGGGAUAUUUUGCUGAUUUAAGUGAAUUCCACCUUGGCCUGGAGUCCUAAGCUCAGACUGGAGUACUGC